CGGCGGUCCUGGCCGCGGAGCUGGUGGCGGCGGCGGCGGAGCUGGUGGUGGCGUUUCGCCCCCGCUCGAUGUGAGGAGGAGCGCGGCCGAGGCAAGCGGCGUGCGAGGGGCGCGGGGCCUCCGCGCCGCGGGCGGGAGUGUUCACAAUGACGAAUGAAGAACCUCUCCCAAAGAAGGUUCGCCUUAGUGAAGCAGAUUUUAAGGUUUUACCUAGAGAUGAGCUUAUCCUAAGGUGGAAACAAUAUGAAGCAUACGUGCAAGCUCUGGAGGGCAAGUACACAGACCUUAAUUCUAAUGAUGUGACGGGGCUGAGAGAGUCUGAAGAGAAGUUGAAACAGCAACAGCAAGAGUCUGCCCGAAGAGAAAAUAUUCUGGUGAUGAGGCUGGCAACUAAGGAGCAGGAGAUGCAAGAGUGUACUAAUCAGAUUCAGUACCUCAAGCAAGUCCAGCAGCCUAGUGUUGCCCAAUUGCGAUCAACAAUGGUGGACCCAGCCAUCAACUUGUUUUUCCUAAAAAUGAAAGGUGAACUGGAACAGACUAAAGACAAACUGGAACAAGCCCAAAAUGAACUGAGUGCCUGGAAAUUUACGCCUGAUAGCCAAACAGGGAAAAAGUUAAUGGCGAAGUGUCGAAUGCUUAUCCAGGAGAAUCAAGAGCUUGGAAGGCAGCUGUCCCAAGGACGUAUUGCACAGCUUGAGGCAGAAUUGGCUUUACAGAAGAAAUAUAGUGAGGAACUUAAAAGCAGUCAGGAUGAAUUGAAUGACUUCAUCAUCCAGCUUGAUGAGGAAGUAGAGGGUAUGCAGAGUACCAUUCUAGUUCUUCAGCAGCAGUUGAAGGAGACCCGCCAGCAGUUGGCACAGUACCAGCAGCAGCAGUCCCAGGCCUCCAACGCAGGUACCAGCAGGACUCCAUCCUCUGAGCCCACAGAACAGGGAGAGGCUGUGGGCAAAGACUGCAGCCGCCUGGCAAACGGACCAAGCAAUGGCAGCUCCUCCCAUCAGCGGACGUCUGGGCCUGGAUUUUAUAGGGAGGGUAGCGGCACGGAAGAUGACUUCCCAGCUUCUCCGGGCAAUGGUAAUAAGCUGUCCAACCACUCUGAAGAUAGAACUGGUAGAGGAAGUGGUAGCUACAUAAACCAGCUCAGUACUGGGUAUGAAAGUGUAGACUCUCCCACUGGCAGUGAAAACUCUCUCACUCACCACUCAAAUGACACAGACUCCAAUCAUGAUCCUCAAGAGGAGAAAACAGUGAGCAUGAAAGGUAACAGAACUGUGGGUUCUCGUCAUGUCCAGAAUGGUUUGGACUCCAAUGUAAAUGUGCAGGGUUCCGUUUUGUAACAUUUUUCUGCAAAAUUUUUAUACAGUGUCAUUGAAAUUGGGAGAGGAUACUGUCCAGAAGCCGUUUAAAUUAGUGCAUACUUGUCACAAUUUUGCCUUUUUGUGGGUUUCUUUUUGCUUCAAUACCUCUGCCACUUUGGAAAUUUUAACAGUUAAUUACGUUGAAUGUUGCUAAAAAGACGUUUGUGUAGCUCAAGUUAUUUUUAUAUGAGUUAAUGUGAAGUUGAAAUGGAAAUUAUUUCCAUAAAGUAUAACAUAAAUGAUGUCUGUACAAAUCUGUGUAUAUCUAGAACCUGUGCUGUGUAAGGGCAUUCUUACUCAUACUGUUAAACUUAACACCACCUUCAAGAUUUGUCAUAAUAGCUGUGGGUUUAUGACUGCCAAGUUUGCCCAGUACAGUAGUUUUAUCACUAAAAAUAUGGACUUACUGAAGGAGUCCUGUAGUAGUUUCAGUGUUAAUUACAGUUUUUCCCACCAUACAUCUGUGCAUUUUCUCCUUAGGUGACCGAAUGUUUAUGAAUUGUGUGCAUAGUUACUCAGUUUUUAAGAACUGUUGUAUCCUGUUGAUGCAUAUUGCUCUGUGACUCCAAUAUUAUCUUACCUGUACUGACCAAACCUAAAUAAAAACUUUUAAUAAUGUAA